GCCCGCCCGCCGCGGGCUGACCCAUCCCUGCGGCCGCGGCGCCCCCCCCAGACCAACCCCAGGGCCGGGCGGGAUCCCUGCUCAGCGGGCCCCGGGCGUUCACACUCCGGCUGCGGCUGCGGGUGGCUGCCCCGUGGCCCGCGGGGCCAGGAUGUGGUGAGAGGAUGGAUGGGGCUUCCCCCUGCCCGGGCUCACGAUGGCCAGAGAAGACUCGGUGAAGUGCCUGCGCUGCCUUCUCUACGCCCUCAAUCUGCUCUUCUGGUUAAUGUCCAUCAGUGUGUUGGCAGUUUCUGCUUGGCUGAGGGACUACCUAAAUAAUGUUCUGACUUUAACUGCGGAAACAAGGGUGGAGGAGGCUGUCAUCUUGACUUACUUUCCUGUGGUUCAUCCAGUCAUGAUCGCUGUUUGCUGUUUCCUCAUCAUUGUGGGGAUGUUAGGAUACUGUGGAACAGUGAAAAGGAAUCUGUUGCUUCUUGCAUGGUACUUCGGAAGUUUGCUGGUCAUCUUCUGUGUGGAACUGGCGUGUGGCGUUUGGACCUACGAGCAGGAGAUCAUGGUGCCAGUGCAGUGGUCCGACAUGGUCACCUUGAAAGCCAGAAUGACAAAUUAUGGCUUACCUCGAUACCGGUGGCUUACUCACGCUUGGAAUUUUUUCCAGAGAGAGUUUAAAUGCUGUGGAGUGGUGUACUUCACUGACUGGCUGGAGAUGACAGAGAUGGACUGGCCCCCAGAUUCCUGUUGUGUUAGGGAAUUCCCAGGAUGUUCCAAACAGGCCCACCAGGAAGAUCUCAGUGACCUUUACCAAGAGGGUUGCGGGAAGAAAAUGUAUUCCUUUCUGAGAGGAACCAAGCAACUGCAGGUGCUGAGGUUUCUGGGAAUUUCCAUUGGAGUGACACAGAUCUUGGCCAUGAUUCUCACCAUCACUCUACUCUGGGCUCUCUACUAUGAUAGAAGGGAGCCCGGGACAGACCAAAUGAUGUCCCUGAAGAAUGACACGUCUCAGCAUCUGUCCUGUCACUCAGUGGAACUGCUGAAACCGAGCCUGUCGAGGAUCUUUGAACACACGUCAAUGGCAAACAGCUUUACCACACACUUUGAGAUGGAGGAAUUAUAGAAGAAUGUCAACGGAGGAGACCGCAGAGUUGUUUUAUUGGACUUGUGAAUUUUUGAGUGCACACUUAUCUGUUUCAGAAAAGCGUAGAGAUAAAGAUGUCGCCAUCAAGGAAUGCCGGAGCGUGUAGUUUUCUACCCUUUCAAGUGAAGAGGGACAAGUUUCAUUUUGUAAGUCGCCACCUGGGCAGUGGUUGGCGCCCUUUAUGAUGCUGAGGGCAGAUGUCAUACCCACUUUAUAGCCUGCAUGAGAUGUUUCCUGAACACAGUUAUGCUCCGAGGCUUAUGCUGUGGCACAGCGUGACCAGCAUCUCUGCAUCCACGUAAACAUGCCGUGCUAUGACGGCGCGGGGGCUGCAGUCGAGCUGGACGCUCCGCUGGCCUCCAUAAGCUUGCUAGUGUAUCAGGUACCAGUGGACUCCUGACGCAGGAAACUAGGCAGGGUUAUGUAGUGAGUCGUAUUACUUGGUGGCCUGUUCUUUUGAAAGUGGGUAGAUUUUACAUAUGAAAACCCUGCAGCUGGGUGACUACCUAAAUGUGAUUUUUUUCUGGUUACUGAAAUAUUCUUACUACUUAUAAGAGCAAAUUACCACGUUGUCUUAAACUGAUCAGGGAUCUAUGUGUAUAUAAGAGUCUGUGCUGAGUCUGUGUAAUUCAGUAGAUUUCAGUUUCUAUAACGUUAAGAAUAAUCAUUGUGAGUGAAAAGGAUAAAUUUGUCCUGUAUAGCACCAUUAUUUUUAACCUUUCCUGUUGAUAGAGCUUUAAAAUUCCGUUUCGGGCUCAUAUUACGUACAUAACCGUUAAUUUAAAUACUUAACCACUAAUUUUGAAAAAUUGCCUGUGUGAUGCGUUGGAAUCGUUGUAAUUCAGAAUAGUCGUCUGGUCUCUAGGAAGUAUUAACAAGAACGCUUGCACAUAAUGUCGCUCAUUCAGCAAAAUCUCGGUUGCUACCUUUCUCCCAAACUAAGGCUCUUUUGAGGCUCGACACUUUUUAAAAUGAGCUUACUUUUUUUGUCUUCUCCAAACAAGAGGCAAUAGUCCGCGAGUCUGAAUAUAAUUCUACAGAGAACAGUGUUCCUUUUCUCCAGCAAAAUGCCAUGAGAAUCAUUAAAAUAAGUGACAAUUUAA